AUGUUGGGAAUGGCUUAUGCACCGGUGGAUCCGGGCACGAGCCAAGCAAGCUACCCGGCGCAGACGUUCGAUGAGCUGUCGGAUUUGUAUGCGGAGAAGAUCUUUGACCACACUGGCCCGGUGCGCCCCGUUAUUCUCGGCCAUUCGCUCGGCGGCACCCUAUCCCGGGAGGUGAUUAUGCGGCUGAAUAGGCGUGGCCACCAGAUAAAGGAUGUGGUGAUGUUGGACACUUGGAAGGUUGCCAAGCGAGCGUUGAAGACGAGCGAUGUUACGGACUUUAUUCAGGAAACAUUCAAAGGUGUCCCAAAUAUUGACGCCGUCGUCCAGCGAGCUCAGCGGCUCUCAGACCUAAUUCGCGAACAUGACUAUACGAAAAAUGGACUCCGAAUUCACUUGUUCAAAGCCCAAAUCCUGGGAAUGUCUGCGCUGAAAAAUUCGGUCAGGUCUGACUUGUCAGAGGAAAUGGUCCGAGCGAUGCGGUCGAAUGGGUUGCAGCAACUGUCAAGUCACAAAGUUCAGGUCCACAUCGUACCCGGAAAUCACGAAACGAUGAUGGCCGAAGAGAACCUGUUGACCGUUCGCGACGCUAUUUUGCGUAUCGCUAAAUCUACA